CGUGUAGUGAAAGAUAAAGUUAAAAAAAUUGCAACUCGUAAGAUCCUUUUGUAUAACAUUACAGGAUUAUAAAAUUUCGUUUCCUGAUUCCAUUCAUCGUCCUCCCUUCUUUUCAAUGAAACUAAAUUCUCAGCUUCCCUCAUCACACCACACUUGUUUUCUAGGAAUUUCAAAAAUGAAAUUCGCGGGGCUUCGUUAGCGUUGUUCAUAUAUAGUUGCAGUGAGGUGUGCGGGGGUGCGGUGGGUGCUUCCUGUAGUUGGUCUAAAAAAGAGUGAAGUGUCGAGAACUAGCUGCGAAUGUCUCAAUGUAACGAAAAUGGUGAAGUGUGUGAAAAAGUGUAAGAACUUGGAUAACUCGGACCAUGACAGAGGCGUCGGAGGAUGGUAAUUAUUUGGUGAGGGUACGGGCACAGGUGAUGACAAGGGAUGACAGUUCCGGAGGUUGGGUACCCCUGGGAGGUGGAGGUUUGGCAAAUGUUUCAGUGAGACGGAGACUUGUACCUGGUGGUGGACACCAACUUAGCACAACAAAUGGCACCAGUAUACCAACAACUACCAUCACCCCGGCACCUUCAACGACUAAUUCCUCGCAAACAACAACAAGUACGAACACCAAUAGCCAGGGUCAUGCAUCAACCGGUACCUCACCACCUGGUGCACCGAAAAGAAAACACGAAUACCUCAUCUUUGGGAAACGAAUUACAGAUCAGUCGGUGGUUCUUAGCUGUACUAUAAAGAAAGAUUUUGAAUAUAACAAAGUCAUGCCUACAUUUCAUCACUGGCGUACAGGAGAGAAGAAAUUUGGACUGACAUUUCAAACUGCUGCAGAUGCACGUGCUUUUGACAAGGGAGUACGAACUGCGGUUGAAGAACUUUUAGAAGGUCUUGCUGACACGACAUUAAACGAUGACCUAACAGGCGUUGCGGAGGAUGAUGUUUUUAUGACUCUUAAUCUACCAGUUGAUCCCAGCGAUCAAAGGCAAACGUCAGACACUUGUGGAAUAUUAAGAAGGACAAAUUAUCAAUCUCACUGUUCAGAUCUUUCGGGAUCGCAUAGAUCAAUACCAUAUAUUAGCGAAUCAUCAAUGAAAGUGCCCCUGUCGCAUCAUCCUCUAGAGUCAACGGCUGACACGACGUCUGAUAAUUAUCCCUACGUACAACUAACGACAUUAAAUCAUGAGUAUUUGUAUCCUGUGAUUGACGAUCAUAAAACAGAUCGACUCGAUCGACGUAAUUCGACCAGUUCCUUGAAGAAACCAGAUAUUAUUGUUUCACAACCGACGAAAAACACUGCAAAACGUAAUAUUCGCUUUCGGUGUAAACAUUGCCAAGAAUUAUAUUCGGAACAACAUAAUCCACGUGGUUCAUGUGAAUACGCACCAGAUCCAAUUAGACGUGGAAUUGCUUCCGUAUCCUGUCUCUCCUGUGCACAGUGCAUGCUCUAUCAUUGUAUGAGUGACGCCGAAGGAGAUUUCGCCCAGAAUCCGUGCAGUUGUAGCACGGAGGAAGGAUGUGGACGCCGAUGGCUUGGCUUAGCAUUACUGUCGUUGAUUGUUCCUUGCUUGUGGAUUUAUCCUCCAUUAAGAGCCGUACAUUGGUGUGGAAUGUCCUGUGGAAUCUGCGGUGGUCGUCAUCAUCCAAUGGAAUAACUGGAGGAGCCCUUUGAUAUCUCUGCUCCGUUCUUGGUUGAAUCGUCGCGUUACAAUUCAUCGCGCAACACAAUAGCCAAUGUCUAUGAGUGUCACGAUUUAAAUUUGGGACGAUGUCAGAGAUACCAAAGGGGCAGGCAGCUACCUGUUCAUGCGCUUAUUCAUCAACGUCAUCACUGAGAAGGUGACUUACAAAUUUUUUUUUUUUAAAAUAACGAACGAGACAAAAGGAAAAAGAAAACCCAAGCACAAUCCGAACGCAUUUAAUCCCUUUUUCACAUGUAAAUGUUACGUACGUUUCGUGUCAUUUGUUAGCUUGCUGCAUUAUGUCGAUGUACUUGAUGAAAGAGACGCAAAAAAAAUCUCUCUCUCUCUCUCUUCUCUCUCUCUCCCCCUUCGAGUAUUAUAAUAUACUUGAUGUUUGAUUCGUUAGUAUUAUAUCAAUGCUAGCAGUGUUCGAAUCUAAUAUGAGAAAAACACAAGGAAAGUAAAGUUAAGUUUUUUUCUUGUAGAAAUUUUAUUCAGAAAAUUAGAACGUUGAUCGUUUUUUUUAAUGAUUCGCACAUGUAACUGUGAUCAGGAAAUGUUUUCCUCAAUUUUUUAGGUUUCGAAAUUUUUGGGUCUUGAUUCGAUCACUGCUGUGGAAGUAAAUCAAGAAGUAGAAUUUUUUUUUUAAACAUUGUCAAUUGAAAAAUUACAACGCAAAAACGUGUUAACGAAUUUUUUUUCAAAUCUGAUAUUUUAAACGAUUUUCAAAAAAAAUGUUUGUCAUUUUUUUUUUUGAAACUUGAUCUGCUUGCUUAGUUUUCAGUCUCGUCAUUAGAAACAUUAGGUUUCAUUAACGUGGUUAAAGAGCUAAACAAGCAGACCGAACUGACAUAAUGCACUUACUCUUAAUUAAUCAAGAGCACUGCCUCAAGUUAUUGCGCGGAAAUUUUUUCGGAAGAAAUUAAAAAAAAAGUGCCGAUACAAAGUCUCGAUUCUUUUUCUAUUAUUUAGUUUUUUUAAGUAAAAAAAAUAUUCGAGAUUUGAGGCAUUACUCUCAAGUACUUCCUUUUUUGCGAAUUUUUACAUUUUUGACAAUCUAUUAUUUUUUCAAGCACAAGCAUUUUUAAUAAGUACGAGAAUCAUAUUUAUUUUAUUUUUUUUUUUUUAAAUAAGUCUUCGUUUACCUUGUACACAUUAAUCCUAGUGAACUUGGAUAGAAAUGAGUACUGCUUGUAUAAAAUCAAAGGAUUGGAGCUGCAGUGCCAAAAUAUUUUUGCAACGAAUUUUAUUUAGACUAAAUCGCGUAAUUGGAAUUGUUUUCCGUCGUAAUGUACAGUAUUAACGUUUAAAAGUACGAUUUGCAUAUUGAUAUAAACAGAUGGCUUAACUGACAACCAAUUCCCAUUUUUAAAUUUUCAAUUGCUUCUUUAUAGAUUUAAAGUCAAUGAGCUGAAAGCUUUAAAAAAAGCAUCAAUUCAAUAUUUCUUUAUUUUGAAAUCGAAAUAUUUUAAUAAGCCUUUCAAAUAAAACGGGUAACAAUUUUUUUAAAAACUAAUUUUAAGCUAAUUCACGUGCGUCAGUCUUUGUCGAAAACUACCGAAGAAAAAUCGAACAAUAAAAAGAAAAUAAAAAAUUUGAAUUAAAUAAAAGAAUCUAAAAAAUUUUAAAUUGUACAAUUUUCCAAAAAUUGUAUUAGUUAAUUUUCUUUUUGAC